GGUGUAGAAAAGCCCGUUAUCGCUCGGGUGUAGCUAGUAUGUUUUUUGGUGGGUUUUUUUUUUGGACCUGAGAGUAAUCUAUCCUUCCCCAUUGUUACCUGCCUGUCCGCGUUUCCAGUCAAUCAGGGCUCUUGGCAAUCACCGCGCGGCCACGUCUCAAGAAGAAACAAGUGGUCGAGAGUAGGAGCGGGGUCCGUGAUGACAUAAAACUUCUCUCGGCAUUAUCUCCAGCGGUGAUUUCGUUCUCUUUCAGGAGCGUUGUGUUUUAUGACUGCGUCCGGAUGUGUUGCUGAUACAGUGGCGAGGCAGUUUUUGGUUGUCUGCAGUAAGCCCCAUGCCCAAGUCGUUGGUAGCGGUGGUAAUGCAAGAUUUAUAGUUUUACCUGAGCCAGGUGGGGCCCUAUAAACCGAAUACAAACUGUAAGACGUGGAGCUGACUCUAGCAGUAGGAUGUCGUGUUCUUGGCUGUUCGUCCUUCUGUUAUUCAUUUGUGCUGAAUACCUAGUUGUUCACUGUAAGUAGAUUUGAAAUGUUGUUAAAUGUUUAUUUGAAUGCUCAAAAUAUGGUCGUCUGAUUAAAAAUAAAUAACCUUUUAACAGCUAUUUUAAUAUGAGCACGAAGAACAGAUCAAGAUCGAAAAACUACUUAACCGAUAAACUUGCUUACUGCAGAGCAGCAACUCUUAACUAUUUGUAGAGGUUUCUGUACGCAGUUAUUGCUUGGUUGGUCCGCUAGAUAUUCGGGUAGGCUUAAAAUGAAUUGCGAAUAAUAGUUUUUACAUUUUUUGCAAUAUUUCGUAAUGCCUUUGCGAAAUUGUGAGAAGCACACUUUUGGGAACCACUGUGCUACAUUCUUACCGUAAAGUCAUAUACGCAUUUAAAGUUAAAGUCGAAAUUAAGUUCGUUCGUACAAUCUAUUCAAUUAUGCGAGUCUAAAACUGCACACUGAGAUCUGCACACUUUCUAUUCUCCCCUUCCUAUCUGUAUUUACAUUUAUANUAUAUAUAUUAAAUACAUUUUUAAAUUCUUUUUUUUUUCUUCUCUGAAGCAAAUUAGCAAUCACUGUUCAAGUUGAUUUUUUUUAUUUUAAAUUCGAGUUUAGUAGAGAACUAAACAAAUACUGGCACUAUCAAAUUGGCAAAAAUAAACAAAGUGUGUGUAAUUUAAAAUAAUUAAUUGUAAGGGGAGCUAACUCGCCAGAAGACUCUGAGGCCUACAUAACAUAAGGGUGGGCCGAUGGGCGAAUUGAAGGAUUUAAUCGGCCUAGACUAUUUGGAUGAAUCGGCCCGGGCUCCUGGAACUUUUGACCAUUGAUGGUGAAAGUUUUAACAGGUCCGGGUCUCGGUAAAGGCCAAGUUAUACUAAAAUAAAUAUAUUUAAUUUUUUUUUUUUUGCAAUCAUACUAUAAUUAUAGAAAAGAACAAAAUUGUCUCUAAAAUAAGGCCUCGGUUUAAAAAGCUAUUGGCCCAUCAUGCGAUGCCUGAUCCUCCCCUGGGUGGCCCCUUACAUCAUUUUAAUUACCCCGCAAUUUUUGCAAUAAAACUAACUAGCAGCUAGAUCCAUCUGUUUAGUUUGGUCGUGUUCUCUUAAUGGACAAAUUUGUGACAUAGUUAUGUCGUAAACAUUUGAUAAGGUGAAAAAUGUCACAGCUACACAAUGAUAAGACCCCAAAACUGUAAUUAUAUCAAUCAUUGCACUGUCGGUGUGAAACGUGUCUAAUAAUAUACCUAACCUGAUUGCAGUCUCUCUCCCCCCCCCCUCUUCUUAUUAACACGUAUUAAAAAUAUGUUUAUUUUAAAUCCUCGCCCCACUUCGCUCUACUGAGAUGUUUCGACAAUGCUCAAUAAGAUAACAGAUUUAAGAGUCUCGGUCAUUGACAUUCCUAAAGCUUUGCAAAAAUCUUGCUCUAGAAAUAUAUUGCAUGUUUAUGGUGAUCUACAAAUAAUAGAAAUAGAAACAGGAUACGCUACAUUUUUUCUAGAAAAUACCAUCGAUUGGUCUUACGGUGAUAAAUGUUAUUAUUAUAGUUAAUUGUAUCCUUUAAACAAACAUUGGAGUAAAGGACUGGUUGGGUGUCUAGUUCGGUAAACACACACACACACUUAAGAGUUUGAGGAACUGUUUCAAGGGUGUGUGGACAUGUACUGCGCAGUUUUUUGGGUGCCUGGAGUAAGCAGUCCUGAGGAUGUUGGGACCGUAGAGACGUGCUAUCCUAUUCCUGCAGGGGCCCGCGCUGUGUGCGUCUUUGUACCUGUAUAUACUGGAAAACUAUGCAGCAGUCUGUAUAGACCUAGGUGUGCGUGUGUAUAUAUUGGAAAACGAUGCACCAUUCUGUAUAGACCUAGAUGUGCGUGUGUAUAUAUUGGAAAAUGAUGCACCAGUCUGUAUAGACCCAGGUGUACGUUUGUAUAUAUUUUAAAACGAUGCACCAUUCUGUAUAGACCUAGAUGUGCGUGUGUAUAUAUUGGAAAACGAUGCACCAGUCUGUAUAGACCUAGAUGUGCGUGUGCAUAUAUUGGAAAACGAUGCACCAGUCUGUAUAGACCCAGGUGUACGUUUGUAUAUAUUUUAAAAUGAUGCACCAUUCUGUAUAGACCUAGAUGUGCGUGUGUAUAUAUUGGAAAACGAUGCACCAGUCUGUAUAGACCUAGGUGUGCGUGUGUAUAUAUUGGAAAACGAUGCACCAUUCUGUAUAGACCUAGAUGUGCGUGUGUAUAUAUUGGAAAACGAUGCACCAGUCUGUAUAGACCUAGAUUUCAAGAGCAAUAUUCUUAGAUCAGCGUAUUCUGCCUCAUUUAAAAGUGUCCACUGAAAUCUACAAUAAUGUGUUGUUGUUUUUUUUACAGACAACCAAAAUGUAUGCAUAAGUUAGGGCAUAGGUUGUUGGAACUAAUGAUGCUUAUGUACGUGUAAAUGUUAUAUUUAUUUAUUUAUUGCAACUGUAUUUUUUUUUCAAAUAAUCUUUUUUAUUAUUUUAAAUGAUAUUUUUAACAUAAACUUGCAACAGGUGCCGCGAGAGAACGUGGUAAAAAAGGCUGCCCUGAAUUAAAAAAAUGCUUGGAGCCAUUCCCAAUGUUGGUGGAUUUAUUGGAGAAAGACAAGUCGGGGGCCCUGGCGACCUUGACCUAUGGUGUUCUGUUGGACAGCGUUUGCAGGUGUGUAAUGGUGUCUUUGUUUUUUAAUCAAUUAAAAUAUUUGUAUAAUACAAUGCUUAAACUUGUCUUGCAAAAAAGACCUUCUAUUAUAAAGAUCUAACUAGCAACUGACAAUGUACAUUAGGAAAUGGCGUCAGCGAGGUGUCGAGCUAGUACGUUAGCUUUUUAUACCCUCCCUAAAGCACCCCAUCCCCCCCUCCCCCCAGAUAUCGGGCCGCGAAGCGGCACGUUAGAGAUCUUACCAUAAUUUUUUACCUUUAGUAUGUGCACGUUGAUCAUAGUGAGUGUUCUGAAAUAAUGAAGACCAACACUGUAGUGGUGUUACUAUUGCGGUUCCGCCCAUGAUGUCGAACGAUCCAGAAAAGAAUUUGAGCUUAUGCUCAUCCUCUUCUAGAAGGGCAACGUCUUCACACUCGCCUGUGGCGGACCAAGCUGGCAAUCUGAAAAGAGUUCGGCUUAAGGGACUGACAGUUCGAAGGUGCUAUAAAAAAAUAUAAUUGAUUUGAAUGUAAGCAAAUAAUUAUCUAAUUACGAAAUUACGAAUAGGAUAUUUUCAAAAUGGAAUGUAAAUGAUUGUAGUUGGACAUUUAUUUUUGUUGUUUUUUGUUUGUUUGUUUGUUCUUGUCCUUUUUAAUUAAUUAUAUCGAUAUCAGUUUACAUUUUCGAAUUUUAUUAUACUGUUGAUAUAAUUUAUUUAUCAAGGAGCUUAGUUUUCUAUAGAAUAAGCUCCAGGUCCUCAACCACUUCAAAUAAUUUGGCACUGCUGGCAGUAGAAGAGAAAAAAACUGAUUAUUCACAAAGCAAAUGAAAACUGAAAGCAUCCAUAGUGCAUUAGUCCUGUGUGAUCGGGGAGGGUGGGCACAGUCCUUAUGUAUAGGCCUACACAAAAUCGUUGCAGUGAGCUAUUGUCUGACCAUGAACAAUGCAUGCAUUCACAGAAGAACGCUACCGUGGAAUAACUAUUGGUCGGCUCAAUAUUUUUUUUUUUAAAUCUCACGCCACAGGGGGGGGGGGUGCCCAAAAAAAAAAAAAAAAAAAAAAAAAAAAGAGGUAGCUUUCUUUCCCAACAUAUUUAUGUUUCAUGUAUGUUAUUUUAACAAAUCACAUGUAGGCCUUGUUUAAUUUUUAACGAUUUCUGCUGAAAUGCUGCUUACACAAUACAUUUUUAGACUAUUUCUUCACGUCACCCGGUGCGGUUGAGCCCAUUCUCAUUCUCCUAGUGACGCAACUGCAGCAUAAAUAUGGAUUAGUUUUGUAUGAACGCAUCCGUCACUACAACUAAAGGUGAAACAGACAUUGUAAAGGUUGCCCCGAUUAGAACACCAAGAAAGCCUUGACUAAUACUUAUAACAUCAGGCUUAAUGGGAUGCCAAGCGCUCGAGAGACGUAAUAUUAUGACCAUUAUGACCAUUAAAAAUAUAAUAAAUUUUGCUUCAUAUUGACGGGAGAGGUUCUUAAAGCUUCAAGUGAAAUUCAAUUACCCUGCACAAGGCAGCAGUGGAAGCGAAUUUUUUUAAAUAAAAUGUGUCUUAUUUCCCAAGAGCAUUUUUUAAGCUUUUGAUUUCCACAUCUCACCUAUAAAAAAACAUAAAAUAAAUGAGUUAAAAAUAUGUAAGUGUAAGAAUUAGCGAAUAUAGAUUUUAUUGACAUUGAUCAAACCCUAUUCUCCCAGCAAACAGGCAGCUCUUAAGUUGUGCCUGACAACGUCGCCGUGCCACUCCUUCAAACAGACCUACGUUGGUCUAGCUGUGAACGACACAUUGGAGUACAUCUGUGGAGAGGGGCGAGAUGGUGAGAGCAAUGAACACUAUAAUGAAUCUGUUUGUUUUGUUUUUUUUACCUGUGUCGUUAAGUUACAUCUGUCAUUAAUAGCAGACACUUUGCACUAUUUUAGAUUGAAAUCAGCGCCUCUUCAUAAAUCGAAGCUGUUCCGGGUUAAUGACUUUAUAAACUUGUAUAACUCAAUUUUUUUUUUUUUUAAUGUUGAAAUCAAUGGGUCUUCACAAAUGUAAGUUAUUCGAUGCUUCUUUAUUUGAGAAUAAAAUGUUACUUUUUAAUUUGUUAAAUCCAGAGUGAAAAGAAGAUGAAAGAUUCCAAUAUUAUUGGCAUCUUUUAUUUGUAAGUCCUUUUAUGUAUGAGUGACAAGUCAUUGUAGUGCCCAGCGUAUCAGUAUCACCUGCAAUGUUCCCUUUAAGCUGCGUGGCUGCGCGGCCGCGCAGCUAUCUCAGACGCCGCGCAGCAGUUUUGAGUAUCCGCCCAGCAAAUUUUCAUGUAAGUGUGUGUUUGUGGGCUGUAAAAUUUUGCACACACUAAAAAAUUGAUGCUGUAAAACUUUUCACACAACUGUAUGAUUUUGCACACGAACCAGAAAACCUUAGAGGGAACAUUGAUCACCUGCAUAAGUACGUCUUUAUGUGACGUACGGCUAAAUCAUAUCAAUAAUGUAACUUGUGUUUCUGGCUAGCUCUGCUGUCAGAGGCUGGCUGCUAUUCCCGUGAUGACUUCGAGUGGGGGACCUACCAAUGCUCAAGAACGAUGAGACUCGAGACGGACAUUGCAACGCUGCAGGACCAGGCAGGAAAGGCGGACAAAACCAGGUUCUGCAGGUAUAGGAUUGCAUCCUGUGUGUUAGUUGAGUUGUCUCAAAUUUGAGGCUCGAAUGACCUUCAGGUCCUAAACAGAAUUCACCUUAAAAAACAAUUGUAAAAUACCGUGUGUAUUUUAGAAAGCGCGUGUCGUACUGGUUUUAUUGAAAUCAAUGGCGUAACGAGGCAUUGUGCGGCCCGGGACGUUGAGUUUGCCCCCCCCCCCAUAAACACUGUAUGCAUACAUAUAUAUAUAUAUAUAUAUAUAUAUAUAUAUAUUGUGCUUUUUGUCACUGUGAAACCUGAUAAUAAACUUUGAAAUAUCGCUGUCCCUAGCAUGUGAGCUAAAUCGCAACAAAAAGGAAUUAUUAUUUUUUUUAAUGGAUGGGGUGUGUAUAAUGAAUCGUGGGGAGGAUAUAAAAAAAAAAAAAUCCAGGAAACCGAAAGCUCCCGAGCAAAAAUUAUUGAACCCUCCCCCAAAAAAAUGUAAUAAAUUAAAUACACAUGGAUUUAUUUUGGCGCAUAACUGAAUUUAUUUCUGAAGCAAUAUACACUUACUUUCUUCAUUAGUUUAUAUAGAUAUAAAUUUAUAUGCUUUUUAAAGGGGCCGAUGCGACGUACCGGGGCCUACCGCUUCAAAAAGCAAUUACUAUAUAUUACUGUUGCCCGGUGCUUGGAGUGAAUUUUGGCUCUGUGUUAUUUUAGGAUCAGGGUCGAAUGGCAACAGAAGACGUUUGUCAAUUAUGGCUUUUAAUUAUUUAUUUUUUUAUUAACAAAUCCAUAAAUUGCAAACAUUGAGAGUGUUUUUGGUUCCAAGGUUGAUUUCAUCUUUUUUAUUACUGUCAUCGUACUACAUGUUCAAUCCUUUAUCCCACCUAAGUUAAGGGGCCUCACAGGGCCGGCGCUAGGGGAUGUCGAAGUGGGCGACCUCCCAAGACCCCACGUUUGCGGGGCCCCGCGCGUUGCCGUAGUAUAUUUAUAAUAUACCUAAGCCUACUGACUACUAAUAGUUCCUAAUCCGGUCAACACAAUAUUCGGAGUUAUUAGAUAGUCCAAUGGUCUGAAGGUCAGUCUGGCUCCCAUACUAUCCCUUCGAGAUGAAUCUAGUGAAGCCAUCUUUGCGCAUGUUAAGCAGAUGAAAGGGGAUUAUCAAGGAAUUUUAUACUGUUAUAGGAAAAAAUUGAAAUUUCGGAAACUAAGCGAGUGAACAAAUAUCCAUUAUGACGCGUCCUAUUAUGACCAGCAAGGCCCCAGUACGAUUAUAACGUGUCUUAAUAUCCUAUCAGCGGAAUAUAUAUCGUCAACGGCCCCGCAAAAUUCAAUUUGCCCAAUGCCCCGCACCCUCCUAGCCUAGCGCCGGCCUUGAGCCUUAGAGAGGUACCCUAAAAUAAAACUAUAAUUUGAAAGAGAUUCAUUGACUAUCAAUGCUAUCAUGUUAUUAUUUUAGUGUAGUGUAAUAUUGUUAUUUAUAGCACCUGACCUUUAAUAAACGAUUUGUAGUUGCUACACAGUAGAUGAUUGCGUGUUUAAUUUUUAAUUGUCUCAAAAGUAAAUAUGUCCCUGAGGGCAAGCUAACUAGAAAUAGAAACCUAACCAAGACGUGUUCAUUUGUUUUCUAAUAACUCUAAUGCCAUCCUGCGUACGUCAGGGGUUCUUUAUAUUAUACUUUCACUAAUAGGAACUGCUGAGCCAUUGAGUCGCAAUACCGACAAGCCUCGCCCCGCUCCUCCCCACUUUGCACCCUGACAGUUUCAAGAGCUUAAAAUUAAAAUAAGAUCAUAGCCCACUGGUUCUUAACCUUGUUGGAGGUACGAACCCCCACCAGUUUCACAUGCGCAUUCACCGAACCCUUCUUAAUAGGAAACAUAAAAUAUGAUUUUUUUUCUGGACCUCCGCCGAACCCCCGAGACUGACUCACGGGAACCCCUGGGGUUCGAUCGAACCCAGGUUACGAACCAUUGUCAUAGCCUAAUAAUGCAUGGCUAAUAUAGUAAUAAAUUUUAAGUAUAGCCUUUUAGUAAAAAAAAUAAUAAAAGGAUAGAAGCACCGAUGCUAAAAAAAAAAAAAAUUAAAGAAAGGUGUCCUUCGAUAUUUUUAAAUGAACAUAGAAUUAGAAUACCUUCGUAGAAUUUUUGCUCUAGUUGCUUUUUUAAUCCAAUGCCAUUGGAAAAAAACAAAACUUUCACCACUUUUAGACACUGCAAUGAUCAAUACGGUAUUUCAAAAGAAAAUAUAAUUUUAAUGUUAUUCUGUUCUACGUGCAGAUAUCCCUAUAGAAAUAAAAUGUCUAAGUCUAAUUACUUCGAUGUAUUAGUAUAACCAUGGUACUAAUGAGUAAUUUAAUAAGUUCUUUUGUUAUCCAUUGGUUGGACUUGGGGGGGAUAUCUGGUGAGUGAGGAGGCUAACUUAGUAAAUGAAUCUUCUAUUUCUAUUGGGCUCUACCAGUUUCCCAACCUGGGGUGUGAGGUGGCAUUUCACUUUAUUUUAUGUUUUGAGGCUUACCUGGUGCCUCCAAUGGAAGCUUUUUGAUUUUUAUCUAGGUAUUUACUACUUUUUGUCACUGAACACUGAAGAAGGCUUCGACUAGUUUGACACGUACGUUGAUUUGUGUGCUUUUCCUGUUUUCUCAUACUUUGUAUUUCUUUCUACUUAAUCUUAUUUCAGUCUCUUCCUUUACCAUUCAAUUUCCAUGUACCAGUAUUUAAAGGCAGGUAUGGUAUAUAAGCAAUUAAAUUAAUAUUGCAACACGUGCACUUUUUUUUUUCCCCAGAGUAUUUGACAACUUGCUUAAGUGCAUUCAUGUUAACGUGGAGAGGACAUGUUCUUCAAAAGCUGCCAAUUUUACACGUUCUGUGUUUGGAAAAACUAUCAAAGCAUUUGCCAAGAAGAUAGGUUGUCCAUUUUUCAAGCUAUAGCAUCCAUCUGGCACAACUGCAGUGCAGAACAGGAUUUGAUGUACAAAAAUGUACAUAUCAAAAGUUUUUCACUAGUGUACUUGAUUGGUAUUUUAAGCUGUCUGUAUUUCUUAUGGUACGGUACAUUGAAAUGUGCCAGAACUAAUCAAGAGGACCAUUGAUCAGAUAAAACUUCAGAGAGCUUCAGUACCCCCUGGGUAGUUUAAUAGAAAUUUCCACUGGUGGCGUAUUACAGAGGUUACAUCAAUUAAAUCAGGGUAAGAUAGUGUAAACACUAGUUUCCCUUUUCUCUGUGUACCACCUCUUUUCAUUAAAACAUUUUAACUGUUAUGGUACCUUUAUCACUUUAUUUCCUUAUGAGUUGAAAGAAAUUUUAACUACAAUUACAAUGACAUAAGACACAAUAAGUCACUAACCAUACUGUUACAUAAGACAAACUUU